AGUACGAAGUGAUGUUUGAGGACGAGCAGAGAUGAGAGAGAAAAUCUGAACUGAUAGAACCAGACCAGCGAGAGGGGCUGUACGGACUUAUUUUUAUGUUUUUUUCGCAGGAAAACAAGCAAGAAAGAAAGAGAAAACGAAAAUUAAACCCUAUACAAAAAUCUCUGUACCAAAAAUGGUGAAGACAAUCGUGAAUUCGUAACCCGAUCAGCUUGCUCUGAUUAUGUAUAUUCACAUUUUUGAUCACUGAUCUUUAGCUUGGCAUUUGACCCUAAUCAAUCGACUCCUUUGACCUUGCGAUGACUUCAAAUAUCUGACCUAAAUCUUUUACUAUAUCACAUGCAUAUACAGAUGUUAUGUGGUGUUGAUGAUGACUGAGGGAGGUGCAAUUCACGUGGACUGGAUCUGAAACCCUAAAACAAUCGCCAUGGAACUGGACAAACAUCGAUGCAUCAGUCCAAGGUAACUGCUUCGUGAUCCUGAUCAAAAAUCGCCAGAUCUGUAUCGCUAACACCUUGGUUUUCCAGUGUUUUCCAGACUUUGUGUUGUAUUUGGGACUUUUGAAAAUAUUUGUUUUUGACCUCGACGACAGACGAUUUAGGGUUUAUCUGGACCAUAUUACUGUUGAUCCUAAUCUCAUUUAUUGGCUGCUGGAAUGAAAAAAUUAAAUUAAAUCUUUGACUUGUAAUUUUUCUGAUGAACUUUGAUUGGAAAUUUGGGACUAUUUUGAGUUUCUGUUGAUUUUUGAGGUAUUUGAAGCAAUCACAUAGUGGAUCAUUGUAAGAGGAGGUUAUUUCCAGCUUGCUAGUUGUCCAGUAUCAUCAUAUACAUUAUGCAUGCGAGGCAUCGCAAUCCUGGAAAUGGAUACAGGUCUAGUUCUAUGGGAAUGGGUGGUGUACCUGCAUCCUCUCGAAUUUCACCGGAAAGUUCAAUGAGAGGUCAUGGGAUGUAUAAUUCAGAGUACCGGAGCUAUAAUCGUGGUUUUGGGCGUGGUCGUCCAAAACCAUUCCAAGCAGUGCAGCCUCCACCACCACCUAGAACAGAUAUUUUUAUGGAGGCUGGUCGUCUAGCAACUGAAUAUUUGGUUUCUAAGGGUUUGCUGCCCCCAAAUGUACUUUCAGGGAAGUGGCAAAAUGGCAGUUUGAAGAACCAGGUAGGGGAUUUUCAGGGUUUUAGGCAGCAAGGAGAUAGUUUGCAUCUUCCUCAAGAGGGCCGAACUUCAGCUCUUGCUCGUUUGGGGAAUGCUGCUGAUGCAGGGUUGGGUAGGAGAAGGUUUGCUGAUGAAUAUAAUCCAACUGGGCCUAGAAAUAAUAUGCAAGUUAGGAGGAGGAUGGGAUCCUUCAAAAAUUAUGGCUCAAAUUCAGAUUGGGGAAGAGAGAUGGGAAGGAGUCUGUCAUAUUCUGAUAAAGCUAGGGCUUGCCCAGAUAUGGAAGAUAAUGAUUCUUUUUCUGGAUAUCAGGAAGAUAAACAAGUUGGUCAUGAUGUUGUUAGUGGGGGGCAAAGGUCCUGCUCGAGUGAAUUAGCACCUAAAAGUGAUGGUGCUGGUGAUUCGGAGUCAGUUUUGGAGAAAUCCCAGUUCCAGGACAACACAAGUACAAAUACAAGUCCUAAUAUUGAGAAAGAUCUUUUACCUGAAACUGAAGUGGAACCCACUAAGAGGUCAGAUGAUACGAAACUCCUGAAGGAGGAGACUGUUGGGCUGCAGGAUGGCACUAGUAAUGAUCAGGUUGAGAAACAAAGUGACACGGAGAAUGCACGCAUUCAGUAUUGUGCAAUGGAGGUUGAUUCCAUAAACAAGAAUGGUGGUGAUUUGUUAAGUCUAUGCAGAUUUGCCAAAGUGCCUACCAAAACACGUUCUUCAUUAACGACCAGGGGUUCAAAGGCAGUUCCAAAUACCGAAGAGGAAAAAAAUCGGGAUAUGGGACAAGCGGACAAAAAUUGUGAGUUGGAACCUACAGUGGGAUCUGAAGUCCUUGUUAAAGAUGUUUCAGUUGAUGGCUCCUCAGUUGAUGCAUCAUCCAAUCAAAUUCAAAGUUCAAAAUGCCUGGAUUCUGAUAUUCCAAAGGAGACACCUGUUAUGUCUGCAGAGGAUGUGGGAGAAUUGGGUCCCAUGUACACUGAGCAAGGAAAAUGCGUGAGGUCUCAAUCUUUCCCAGAUAUAUCUUUCAUGAAUGAGCAAGAAUCAAGUGAAGGACCUCCUGGGUUUGGAAGGUGCAGCUCCAUGAUUAUGGAGAGAGGUGAGAAACGAGCUGCCCAACACAGUGAUAGCAGGGACAGAUUGAAGAAACCUAGAGAAUGGGUCCCCUCGUUAGUUACCCAGACUGAUGAUUUCUUCCACCUUUCUCAUUUGAGGGGAAAGCAGCCAAUUUCACAAGAAGGAAGGAGAUCACCUUGUGAGGAAGCAAUCUUGACCAUGGACCAAGAGAGGCCCACGAAUAUGUCUCAGUUUCAGAGACGUGGUGCUGGACCAUGCAUUGAGUACGCGGAAGAGAAGCAAUUUUUUCCGGGUUCGUUUAAGAUUUGUGACCUUAAUCUUGUGGAGGCUUCUGAAGUGAAUGAGAACCCUGAUCCUGAUUCAAUUCUUAUUUUUCCAUCUAUUCCAGAAAUCAAAAAAGAAGCAACACCAGUAGAUGUUGAUUUGUCCAUAAGUAAUAACUGCAAUAUAUCUGGUAAAUACGGUAGAUGUGGUGCUGAUGGCAAAGAGAUUGAGGUGAUUGAUUUGGAAAAUGAUUCUGUACAGGAAGACAAGGCCUUCAAUAAUUCAGAGAGGAAGGCAGAAACUGUAUUUACAGGCUUGGAGAACUUUCCUAAUCAUGCAUGUGCAAACGACAUUUCUGACGUUCAGGAUGGUUAUGGGCUUAUGUUCUCAGACUUGCUUGGACCUGAUAUCUCCAAUUGUUCUUCGGUUCCAGCAGGCAUUAAUUCUCUGCACAAUGAGAUGGCCCUUCAUGACGGAGAGGAUAUACUCGGUGAUGAUGAAUCAAUUUAUAUGUCCCUGGGGGAAAUACCAAUUAGUAUGCCAGAAAUUUAAUUCAACGGCUUCUUGUGGGUCUGGGAGCAGCCAGGACAGGAAUAUGAGAAGCCCUUUUGAAUCACUAUAUAUCCAGCCAUUCUUCAAAUCUAUUAGGUAUGCUUAGUAUUAGUAAUUAUGGUGUCUCAGCUCCAAUCUCUAGCUCUAUCUUAGUGAAACUCUUUUUUUUUUUUUUUUUAUGGAUUCUUGAAAACAUGCUUUACCAGUAGGUGUUGUUAAUGCUCUCGUUGUUUCUCAUCAUCGUUUGAGAAAUUCAUGAAUGAUAAGAGGAAUGUUGCUUUUAUGAAUAUGCAUAAAUAAAAUGCUGGUAACAAAUGAUAAAAAUAAAGUGUAGCAAAUUCAUAGAACGAUAGAUCUGCACUGCAAUUGCAGGGAACGUACGCAUGUGUAAAAUCAAUUCUUCCUUUUCAAAUCAUAUGACGAGAUGUAUGCCUUGCUACAAA